AUGAUGAGCCGCGACGGGGACUUCGACGGGGACUGCAACGGGGGGAACGGUCCCUGCAGCGGGGUCUCUGCUGGCGGUGAAGCUGCUGACGGGGUCUCUCUGUUGGCGGUGGAGCUGCUGGCGGGGUCUCUGCUGGCGGGGUCUCUGCCGGCGGGGUCUCUGCUGACGGGGUCUCUCUGCUGGCGUGGGUCUCUGCUGGCGGGGGCUCUGCUGGCGUGGCGGGGUCUCUGCUGGCGUGGCGGGGUCUCUGCUGGCGGGAGUCUCUGCUGGCGUGGCGGGGUCUCUGCUGGCGGGGGUCUCUGCUGGCGGGGGCUCUGCUGGCGUGGCGGGGUCUCUGCUGGCGUGGCGGGGUCUCUGCUGGCGGGGGUCUUUGCUGGCAUGACGGGGUCUCUGCUGGCGGCGGCUCUGCUGGCGUGGCGGGGUCUCUGCUGGCGUGGCGGGGUCUCUGCUGGCGGGGGUCUCUGCUGGCGGGGGCUCUGCUGGCGGGGGCUCUGCUGGCGGGGUCUCUGCUGGCGGUGGAGCUGCUGGCGGGGUCUCUCUGCUGGCGGUGUAGCUGCUGGCGGGGUCUCUUUGCUGGCGGGGGUCUCUGCUGGCGGGGGUCUCUGCUGGCGGGGUCUCUGCUGGCGGGGUCUCUGCUGGUGGGGGUCUCUGCUGGCGGUGGCGCUGGCGUUGUAG